CCUUAAAUAACUCCUGAUAAAAGAACUUAACAGGCAGAAAUGUCCCGAGGGUGUGUACACUAAAUCGCAAUUUCUGGAAUUGAUGGGAUUUUUUGAAGAUUUUAUCAAGGGGUUUCCCUUAGCUGUGUCCCGUAAACCUACAACACAGAUCUUUACGAGAUCGUAUUUGUUCCGUUGACGCAAUGCAACUACAUAUGUAAAAUACUUAUAGUUCUUUACUUCGGGAUUACUUCAGCAAACUUUCGCUAAGUCCACCGCUAUAUAAUGAAAACUAAUUAAGACGUCAGACAGUAUAAUACAUCUUGGAGUUUGACUCAAGCAAGAAACCUGUCCAUAUAAUAUAGAAGGUAUCUCUCACAUCCGUAUAAAAGCCCCUCCUAAGAUUAUCAUGGAAUCUAGCCCAGGCUCUCUCGGUAAUAGCAUGGCACCUACUGGUACGCCGCCUGCUGUAAAUAGUUCACCGCUGACCACAGGGUUCCAGACAACAGUAAUGGUCAUCUUAACGAUCGCAGCCUUAACUGGGAAUGCUGUGGUGGGCCGAAAAAUCACCCACACUCCUCGCCUACACAGGGUGACCAGUCUGUUUACUAUGACUUUAGUCCUGGCCGAUCUGCUCAUGGCAUUACUAGUGAUGCCGCUGACAUGUUGGGUGAAUGCUGCGGCUAAAUGGGACUGUGGGAUUUUUAUGUGUCAGGUCCAAGGCCUCGCCUUUCACUUCCUAUCCUCUGUCUCACCUCUCGUGCUGGGAAUUACCGCUGCCUACCUCUGCUUGCGGCACACGAGACCGGAAAACAAGAUAUACCGCGGGGUCAAUACCACGGCGAUUUGCUUAACACUGGUGUGGAUAUCGGUUUUAAUGACCUCUCUACUACCAAUAGUAACGGGAGCGGCACAGUACGGAUUCUCGGCAAGAAGAGGAAUAUGUUUCCUAGAUGUGAAUAACAGCCUUUCAAGGGUUGCAAUAGGCUGCUUCGAAUUGAUCGUCUUUAACUUUUUACCAAUCGUGCUCAUUGCCCUCGGAUUUACGAGGUCCCUACGGACCCUCCUUCGGCUUUCCACGAUCGUAAUUCCGACUGAACACAGCAUCGGCUCCGAACUAACGAAAGAGGAAAUUGGAUUCAUUCGGAACUUUAUCGGAAACUCCGUUGCACUUGUGGUUUGCUGGAUACCUGUGGUUGUAGUCAAUAUCUUUGACACGUUUUCUUCUACCCUCCCCCGGUGGGUAUAUCUGUUGCAUACUUAUCUCUGGUUUAUAAUGAGUGCUGCUCGUCCGAUGAUAUACCUGCUGACGAUGUCUUCGGAAAGCGCUCGGGUUCCUUCCGUCCGUGUGUCGGAUAGAAGCCGAAGGCAUCGAAGCUUGAUUGACGAAGCUGAGCUGUAAUUGUAGCCGAUUGCUUUGAGUUCUAGAAACAAAGGCGCUACUGUUGUUUGCUUUUAGGCUCAAAUGCAAAUGAUUGCUGCUGACUAUUAAGAUAAUUUUUCGACAGAAUAUCAAGCAAUUUCCAUCAAUGGGCGUCAAAAAUAUUGUACAAGGAAAUUUGAAAAUUCUACAGCUAUAGUUUGUUGUUUUUAAAAUUGUCAGUAAUCAUGUGUGGUAUAUCGAAUGAGAUAAUCUAUAUUGGAAGCUGUUAACAUUGUUUUGACUUCUCAAAAAGGCACGCUUUUGUAUAUCAUUCCAUUAAACUCGAGAGGCUUUCAGGGCGGCAGACGGGGAGGCGCCUACCCUCCCUCCCCCCCCCCCCCCCCCCCUACUUUUCUGAUCGGAUGUUUUUCAUUCCCCCGAUGAUAGAAAAGUGGAAGAUAAGACCGUUAGUGGGCGAAAUAGCCAAAGUGACUGUGAUAUUUCUUCCAAUUUGACCACAUACUUGGCGGUACGCCCUCUCUCCCCUCUUCCCCGCGUUCGAGGGGUUUCUUGGCGGCAUUUCUCAUACAAACGUUUUCUGUUUUUCUAUAGCGAACGAGUGAGUAUAAAUGUUUUUGCUUUUAUAAACCCUUCACAAAAAGUGUUGUUUGUUUGUCUUGUUUUUUUGUUAAAAAUUAUUUUUAGUUCUAUAUUUAUCUUAAUUUUAGGAGCCCACUGUUUAAAGAAAAGAGAAAAUAGUAACUCUAAUUAAAUUUAAUUUUUCCUUGUUGUUUGGUUUAAAUUGGAUAAAUGGUUGUCAAACCACAUUGAUGAAUGUCACAUUGAAGAACAUGAUUGUCUGAAAAGACUUAUUGAUUGUCUUUGUUUAUGUUAAAAGCACUAAUGAAUUUUCUAUUUUUUAUAACUGAUUGUCAAUAAACGCUACUGAUUGUCCAAA